AUGACAGAGAGCAGGAAUAUUAAACGCAAGGGGGGGAAAGGGGAGAGGCCACCCCUAUUAAGACAUUCCAAAUUAAGAAAAAUUUUUUACAUAAGGAUGUACCUGGAGAGGAAACGUCGAGAGGCUCGUUCUACUCGGCGGGGAGGUGGUGGAAGAAAGAGUGGAAGAUUGGGGCGGGAUGAUGAAGGUAACUCUCCCGGUGAACAUAGCGCCCCACCAGUGACAUUCGAAGAUCUGGGAGUAGAAGACUGGCUAAUAAAAAUAAGUAAGACAGUUCAAAUUACGCACCCAACAAAGAUACAACAGUUGUGUUUGCCACUCAUAAUGAGAGGUCACAAUGUCAUUGGCACAUCGGAGACAGGAACGGGCAAGACGAUAUGUUACUGUUGGGGUAUAUUGCAGGAAUUAAAUAAAAACGCUUUUGGAGUUUUCGCUCUAGUGCUCCUUCCGACGAGAGAACUGGUCGUCCAAGUGGUUGAACAAUUCCUUCUCUACGGAUACAAAAUAGGAAUAAAAAUCCUCUCAUGCAUUGGUGGGUUUUCUAUAAUUGAGCAGCGAAGGGGGGUGUUAGCCAAGCCACAUGUGGUCGUCGGCACCCCCGGAAGAACCUGUGAUAUUAUGGAAAACUGCGAGGAUGUUACGAACUGCUUCAAGAGGCUAAGCUUUUUUGUUCUGGACGAAGCGGACCUACUGUUGCAGAAGUGUUACGAAUCAAAGUUGGAGGUAAUUCUCCGCAGUUUGCCCAAGCAAGGGGACCAAGGUAUGGGAUCUGCCACCGGAUCGGUAACCACAUCGGUAACCACAUCGGUAACCACAACAACCAUCGCACCAAUCAGCACCGGUACGAGUAGACGGAGAACCCUCCUCUUCAGCUCCACCAUCACGGAUACCUUGGAGCUACUAGCCAAUUCAUUCCCUCAUGAAAACUUAAUUCUUGUAAAUGUAAACAAAAAACAAAAACCAUUGAAAAAUCUGGACCAGAGAUACAUCUAUGUGGAUGAAAUUGCACAGAUGACAUACUUGGUGUACCUUUUACGGAAAGAGUUACCUGACCAGUCAGGAAUUAUUUUUACAGACAAUAGCUACAGAUGUGAAUUAGUAUACACGGUCUUGUGCAUGCUUGGGGGAUUCUCUGUAGAAUCCAUACACUCCUCAAAGGAUCCCAAAAAAAGGCUAGCUGCAUUGUCUAAAAUAAAAAACGGAGGUUGUAAAAUUCUCGUCGCUACAGAUAUAAUUAGUAGAGGUAUAGAUAUCCCAAAAACAUCCUUCGUUAUUAAUUACGAUUUUCCCAAUGAUACUGUUCUCUAUGUACACCGAGUUGGAAGAACUGCCAGAGCUAAUAGGAAGGGGGUAGCAAUAUCCUUUGUAGACAAGCGCGAUGUAAAUUCGUUUAAUAACGUCAUGGCAAUAAUGAAGAGUGCAUUGAAACCAUUGCGCUUGAAGAAGAAGGAGGUACUUCAGGAUAUGUUCCAAGUGGGCCGCGUAUUGAAGAAGGCAGAAUUGUUAUUAGAGGAGAGAGAGGAUGCCCGGCGCGAACACCAACGCAUGCAGCGGUUCGUGCACCGUGCCAUGUGA